AUGCAGCAGCAGCAGCAGCAGCAAUAUACACAGCAGCAGCAGCAGCAAUACACACAGCAGCAGCAGCAGCAGGGAUUCACGGAGCAACAGCAGCAGCAAUUCACGGAGCAACAGCAGCAGCAAUUCACGCAACAACAACAGCAGCAAUUCAUGCAGCAGCAGCAACAACAAUUCCCGCAACAGCAGCAGCAACAACAGCAGCAGCAGCAGCAGCAGCAGCAAAGUACCUCGACGAAGCUCCUAGCAACAGCAAGAGCAGCAGCCUGCAGCGGCAAGGGGGAGACAGCAGCCAUGGCGUCUGCUGCGCCCAGCACCCCGAGGAGGAGGGCGGGGUCAUAUGCAGCAGCAGGAACGAGAGCCAGACUGCUGGUGCUGCUGCAGCUGUUGGAAUCUGCUGCAGCAGCAGCAGCUGCUGCUGCUUCAGCACCAAGAGCUGCAGCAACAGCAGGUGAACUGCUAGCAGCAGCAACUACCUCUGGGUGCUGCGCCAGGUCCUCAACAAGCCACUGCAGCAGCGCGACACUGAGUACAGGGGAGAAGGAGUGA